AUGGCGGACAUGUUGAACAUUACAGUUUUAAUGGAAAAUGAAACACGUUCUGGAUUUCAUCCCAAAAGUACCUUGGAACAAUUCAGCUCCUGGUAUGGCGGUAUACAUGGCUACUUAAGUUUGAUUGUUUGUUUCUUCGGAAUUCCUACAAAUUUCAUAAACAUCACAGUUCUGACCCGGAAGCAUAUGCAAACUCCGAUCAACCUCGUUUUGACUUGGAUGGCAGUGUCUGAUUUGCUGACCAUGGCUUCAUACGUUCCGUUUGCCAUCCAUUUCUACUGUGACUACCCAUCAAACUCUAUUUCUCCGGAUAAAAACAGCAUCGCCUGGAUGACUUAUCUAUUAUUUCAUGUGAAUUUCUCAGCGACGUCACAUACAAUCUCGAUUUGGUUAGGGGUUUCCCUUGCUAUAUUUAGAUACCAUCAUAUUCAGUCUCCAGAGACGGGAAAUUUCGCUCGCAUGAGACGCUUGAUUAAGUCACGAAUUGUGAUAUUUGGAAUCAUUACAGGAUCUGUUUUGCUUUUGAUUCCAAACUACAUGUCAACAAACUUAGAAAUAUGGCGGGAAAAUUCGUCAAUGUACGUUUUGGAGGAUCUGAAGCUCGGAACGCCUAAUGUGAAACCAGUGGUUUUCUUGAACCUGUCUUUAUACAGUGUUGUUGCUAAGUUUAUACCUUGUUUCCUCAUGCUUGUAUAUGGUGCCUUAUUAUUACGAACACUUGAUAUGCAAGUGCGAAUAAAACGCCGACGGUUAUCAAAGCUAGGGGUUAUCAUUCAACGUCCAUUACACACUUCUCGUACAACGGUGAUGCUUCUGGCAGUGUUGGUUCUGUUUCUCCUCACAGAGUUACCACAAGGCAUCCUCAUCGUCCUCAGCCUCAUCCGCGCGGAGUUCUUUGAAGACGUCUACAUCCCUUUGGGUGACGUCAUGGAUAUUUUGGCGUUGGUAAACAAUGGUGUAAAUUUUAUCCUGUACUGUUCAAUGAACCGUGAAUUCCGUAGAACACUGUUACGGAUGAUGUGUACUAUGUCAACUGAGAGAAAGUCAUCACUUGGUACCGAACUUAUCACAGAUUCCAUGCGGAAGUGUUCCUUAUUAACAGACAGAAACGCAUCGAUUAGAAAUGAGUUCACGCACGAGGACGUGCAGACAUUCAAUCUCCGUUGUAACGAUGGCAACGCGGUAAUGUCUGUUUCUGCUCAACAACCGUAA